UCUCCUUAGCGACCGCUUGCUGCGGCAAUAUGGAUUCUGUUAUUAGCAUGUGAUGGAAAAACAACGCUAAAAAGAAUUCAAGAUGACUGAUAUUCUAUGUAAAUGGCUCAAUGAUGAGCUUACUAUAUCACAACAAGUUGAUCAAGUUAAUUUUGCAAGGGAAUUUGCAUCAGGAUAUCUCAUUGGAGAAGUCUUGAACAAAUAUCAACUCCAAAAUGAUUUUGAUCAGUUCUCCCAAAGCAAAACCGCUGAUUCCAAGCUCAACAACUUUACAAGAAUUGAACCAGUUCUUCAUCUUCUUGGAAUUCCAUUUGACACAAAUGUUGCUCGAGAUGUUAUGACAGAGAAACAUGGCGUGGCAACACGGCUAAUGUAUCAGCUCUAUGUGGCAUUAAACAACAAGAAAAAGUCUAACUUGACAGGGGUAGCCAUGGAAACAAUGCGCCCUGCUGCUCCAGCUAAACUGAAUGCUGUAGAAAGUGGAAUUUACAAAGAAAGACUGAAGCAUGCAACACCUAGACAGACAGAUCUGAACUUAGAGGCAUUGGUGCAGACAUUUCAUGAAAAGCAGAUAGAAAUGGAGAAGGUGGCUUUUGCUGACAGGUUUCGAGAGCAAGAAAGAAUAAAGCAGCAACAGCAGGACCAAAGGAAAUCUCUUCUGGCUAGGUCUCAGAGAUUAAGGGAAAAACAGAGUGAAAUUGUGGCUAAGAUUCAGGCUGCCACGGUCAAUAUUCCAAAGCCACCACCGGAGCAGACGGCCAAAGCUAUACAAAGGAGGAGAGAACUCCGCAGGAGAAAGGAAGCAGGAGAGACUGUGGAUGCUAUAACUGAGUUUGAAGAAAAAAUGAAGAUGAUUCUACCUCCAUCCAAAGAUGAUGAUGGAGAGGCAAUCGAUGUACAGUACAUUUUAACUAGAGAUGAAGAUCGACUGUUGGAUGCCAUUGAGCUGAUAAAGCCCGCCUCUAAUGAUGAUUAUAUCGGUAAGAUCAGAAAGAGGCUGCAGGAAGAUGAGUCCGCUCGAGCUGAGCGAGAGAAGAGGAGGAGGAAAGUCCUGGUGGAUCAGAUGAAGGCUCAUGAGGCUCAGGAGGAGGCAAGGAGGGAGGAGAUGUUGGUGAACCGUCUGAUGAGACAGUCCCAGCAAGAGAGAAGGAUCGCUGUUCAGCUCCUGCAGGCCAGACACGAGAAGGAGGUUAUCAGGAAGAACCGAAUCAUCCGAGAGAAGCAGUACGAAGAUAGAAGACUGAAGGACUUUGUGGAUGCUCUCAACAGAGAAGCUGAAAUGGCUCGACUUGCUAAACUGGAAUAUGAAGAGCAGACCAAGAAAGACCAAGAACUUCACGAUAAGAUAGCAGCUGAGCGGGCUGAAGCUAGGUACACCAAACAUUACGAGAGCUGUAAUGAAGUGGUCAACCAGUUGGUGGACUUUACCUGUAAAGUAGCAGAGUACAGAGAGCUAACUGAAAAAUUAGUGCCAGCUAAGUUAAUGAGAGAUUGGACGGCCUUGUUUAUAUCAGGCAAACCUCUGUAUGAACAAGCCCCUCCCCCUGAGUCCACAGAACCCUCCCCAGAGCAGAUACUGGAAGAAGAGCGACAGGCCUUGCUGGAUGAGGGAGACUUCUCAGAGUAUAAGACUAUGACCGGAGAAUGGCAGCCCCCUGAGGGUAGUGAGGUGACCCAGCCCCCACGGGAUAACCCCAUCACUGGCCAUGUCAUUCAGAGGCUGUUUAACAUGGUCUCACCGCCAACUCCACCCCCUCCUCCACCAGAGUUCCCUCCCUUCCCCAUCCGAGCCUGUGUUGUAGGCAAAGUGUUCAGUGGGAAGUCAACAAUCAUCCAGCAGUUAGCAAAGGAGCACAGAUUGAAGGUGCUAGAUGUUGACGCUCUGGUCAGUGAAGCUGUGCAGGCGCACGAAAAUGGGGAAACCAUGAUAGUCCAGGAACAAGAGACAGAAGAAAAAGUUCCAGAGUCGUCUCCCUCAGAUCAGCCUGCAGGCAUUACAAUAAAUAUUCGAGCUCCUACUGGGGAGGGUUCGAGUAUACUACCAGAGUCUCAGGCCGGAUCUGUGCCACCCUCAGACACCCAGACUGAAGAGACUGGACCCACAGCGGCGUCCGAUCAGACAGCUCCACCCCCAGCAACAACCGAAGCCCCAACCCCUGCCCCAGCCAGCCCUGUCAAGAGGUCAAAGUCCAAACUGAAGGAAAAGAAACAAGUGACUGAUGAACCUGAGCCAACUCCUAAAGCCAAGCUUGGAGCCAAGGCCUUGAAAUACCUAAAGAAAGGACAGCCUGUUGAUGAUCAAGUGAUUGUUGACAUUCUGAUAGAAACCAUCAGAUGGAUUCCUGAGGAGACAGGUUGGAUAAUCGAUGGAUUCCCAACCAACUUGUAUCAGGCCAAGGUCCUGGAAAAAGCACUCACUGGCUUCUCUGCUGGCGACAAGAAAGAUGACAAAUCUUCUGGAAAAAUGAAGAGAUCCAACCUGGUAAAAGACCCGCGCCCUACCCCACCCCCAGCCGAUCCGGCUAGUGGUCUGGAUGUGGUCAUCAACUUUGAGGUUCCGGAUGAGCUGUGUUUGAAGAGAUCUGCUGGUCGACUGCUUGCUUUACAAGCCAAUGAGCAGUACCAUCAGGAGUUCAAGCCUCCACCAGAGGGCAGCAUGACAGGCGUAGGAAGACAGGAACAAGUAAUUCCGGUGCAGGAUAUGUCACAUGACCAGGAUCAAAUUCAACAAAGGAUAACAAGGUAUUUGGACUCUUGGCCAAAGAUUGAAAAGUGGUACAACAAGUUUGGAGUUUUGACUACUGUGGAUGCCGCCCAAGGGAUGCAGACUGUGUAUUUGGAAGUGGAAAAAAUCCUAGAGGAUACACUUGCCAAGCUCCAAGGUAUUGGACAAGAACCAGAGCCUGUACCUGAACCACCUGUUGAGGAAAAGAAAGAAGAGCCACCACCACCGCCGCCUGAACCACCUAAAGAGGAACCACCUGAGGAGAAAGGCUCCAGAUCAUCUUCUAGAAAAGGUUCUGGAAAGAAAUCGCGACCAUCCUCCUCCAGAAGUAAAUCUCCCAAGGACAAGAAAGGCCGAGACAAGAGUGGCUCUCCCAAACGCAGUGCCAGCAGCAAGAAAUCUGAGGCCGGCAGCAAAAAAGGCAGCAGGGGGUCAUCACCAAAGUCCAAGAAAAGUUCUGGUAAGAAGCGUAAGACCCCUGAACCAGAGCCGGAACCAGAACCACAGGAGCCCACAGGGCCCCCUCCACCAGAACCAGGCUCUGAGGAGUGGGAGUUUGUGGACCUGCCCUUGGAAAAGGAUUUGGCCGAAGUUUUGGCUAAGUACUGGGAGAAUGUGGAAAAAACUUACGUGGGUAACAGUAAGCAUGUGUUCCGUAAGCUGAGAGAUGAGAGAGAGAACAUCUACAGAUACUUCUACCAGAUCAAAAAGGACUACCUUGCUUAUUUACGUCGGCCAGACAAUAAGCAGGUUUAUGUCAACCAAUGGCAGAAGGAAUACAAUGAGGUUCCAGACGACAUGCGAGAUGAUGAAGAGACAAAGGCUGAGCUUCACCAGCGGGUCGAUGACCUGAGGGUCAAGUUAUGGGACAUCUGCGACGAGCGCAAGGCACAGGCGGAGAAGGAACGACAAGCCAUUAUUGAUGAUGGCUGGUUGGACGAUCACCUGGGCUUACUCAGUAACCACUACUUGACCCAGAUGCAGGGGGAGGUGGACAGGUAUCAGGACACAGUCCGCAUGCUGAGAGACUACUACAAGGGCAUGGAUGGUCACUACCCAGAGGAACUGAAUGCCAACUAUACCAGAAUUCCACUCAUUGAGCUUCCAGUGGAGAGAGCUGAGUCACCUGAUAAAUCUGAGAGUGAGACUGCGUCUAACCCACCCCCUGCAGAGGAGGGCCGUGAUAGUGCUAAAUCUGACCGUCCCAAAUCUAGUCGCUCCAAAUCUGGUCGCUCCAAGUCCCCUAAAUCCCCUAAAUCUCCCAAAGAAAGAAAAUCCAGGAGUCCCUCGGCCAAGAAACGAGACAAGAGCAAGGAGAAAAAGGAAGCAGCUGAGCAAGCUCCAGCUGAUGAAUCUGGCAAAAAGAAAAUUCCAUUGGUGCCUCGUAGACCAGUUUCACCUGAUCCAGACUCCAAGGCAGCAGGUGCUGGUAAAGACAAAAAAGAUAAAAAGCCAGGCAAGAAGGAUGAUGGAGGACCAGAAAGCCCUGCUCCUCCAAUGGAUCCGGAUGAGAAACUUCUGUACGAUGGAUUCCAAUCGGGAACAAAUGCCUUAGCCACCAUUCUACAAAAUGAGCUGGCUGCAAGAGAGGCAGAGGAGGAAGCAGAAAGAAAGAGAGAUGAGGAAAGAGAACGAGAGAAGGCUGCAGCUGCUCAGAAAGCUGCGGCUGGAAACAAGAAGGGAGGUAAAAAGGGCAAAAGCAGGAGUCCCUCCCCUAAAAAGAAGAAGGAUGAUGCUGCAUCAACACCCACUCCUUCUUCUACAGAAGAGAUGAGUGAAGAAGAAAAACAGAAGAAAGAAUUGAGAGAAAGAAUGAGACAGGAGUACUACUUUGCCAUUCAAGAAGAAGAAACUGCUGCCAAGAAGAGAUUAGAAUUGAUCAAGGUCCAGGGAAUCAAUGUGUUACAAGACCUGAAGUCCAAGGCUGAUAACACAUACAAAGAGAUGAUUGACUGGCUAGGAGCAAGGUUCUUAAAGGAAAUGGAAAGCAUUGAUCAGAUGUCCGAAGCUAUUCGCUUCGCCAUUGAGAAACGGCAGAAACUGAAACAGGAGCUGGUUCUUCAGCAGGAGGAUUUCCUCAUCAACACCGAGUUGAAGGUGUUGCGUUCUCCAAGCCCUGAACCCCCGCCUGUCAUACAGGAAGUGGUCUUGCCGGAGCAGUUCACUGUCAGCCAAUUACUGAACCUAUAUCAACAGUUCACUGCCACAGCCCCCACAGGGGUCAUGUCCAAGCAGUCCUUUGUGGAGACUUUUGAGAACAUGGUGUCGGUGGCGUUUGGAAUGGAGCAGCUUCCAGACAUCUGGAUGAAUAUAUCUCCUCAACAGGUGCAAGAGAUUGCCAAUGGUCUGUCAGCUAAUGCGGAGUACGUAGACUGGAGGCGGUUCCUGAUCGCCAUUGCCCAACCCCUGCCCUCACCAACACAGACGGAACUACUGGAGACCCUGCAGAAGUUCAAGGAAAUGGACCAGAAGUCCACAGGCUGCGUGACCAGGGAACAAUAUGAUAGGAUGGAUAUUUGGUUUGGUAAUCAAUCGUCAAGCAGUGAAGAAUUUGACCGUGCUUCCAAACUGAAGGCUGCUUUGUUUGACUUCUUUGCUGAUCACAGUAAAACUCCACCAGUCAUGAAUUACAUCAGCAUGCUGAUGUAUUUCAGCGCCUCAUGCAAUGCCAAUGAGGGAUUCCUGCGUGCGCUGAGUGUAGCCUCAGGGACUCACAUGCCUAGACUCCCUCGCCCAGACACCAGGGCCAUGAGUAGAUCAGACAGUAACCCUGACAUUAUGGAGGACCACUCCCCAUCUCCCCCUGUCCCCACCGACAUCCCAGAGGAUGCGGUCAACGCCAAGGUGCCACUGGAUGCCCUGUAUCAGGUCCUGCACCACGGAGAGAAUGCAAGUGGAGACAGCCACCGCUUCAGUGUGUCAGCUGAUCCCGAAGAUGCCACCUCAAGGGAGAAGUUGUCCAGUGUGUAUCAGGAGCUGGGCAGUGACAAUGUGGAACCUCUGCCCUUCAAGGUCUUGGUGGAGCAUCCACUCAUACAGGAUGUAAUGGCCGCUUGUCAGACUUAUAAAGCACUGGAUAUCCGUGGAAUAUUGAAUAAUCCAGCACCUGAUAUAGACAUUCACAGUACAAAAACAAUGGAAUAGAGAAAAAGAUAUUUUGAAGGACACUCUGCAAUAAAUUGACAGAAUACAUCAAUAGUUUGUAACAAAUAUCAAAUAAAUGUUAUCUUUUAUAUUUUGAAGAAAAAAAAAUUUUGUUUGAGUUACAGUGAUGUUUUUUGCUGUGUAUUUGUAUACAUAUAUAAACUUUUUUUAUGUGAAUUACUUAUGGUAGUAUAUAUAAGCUUGCAUUUAUGAUUUCUGUGAUGGAUGUCACUUUUUGUGACCCAGACACAUACCAGAGGCACUGCAUUUGACUGUGAUCAGCACUUGGUGAUGGGAUUUGAAGUGAUGGGAGGGGCAAAUCAGUCUAAGCACAAAUUGAUGAGGCACCUAUAUUUAUACUGCUUGAGGUUAAGGAUUUGUCGCUGGCAUUAUUUUAUUCCUGUUAUUAGCUGAAAACAGAAACCUAGAGCCAAAUCAGGAUUUUUCUUAUACAAGUUUUUGACUAUUUAUGAUGUUUUCCUUUUUAUGAUUAUGAAUCUGUGAUAAUAAAUUGAACAAUUUACUUUUAAAUGUUACUUAAUAUAUGAUAAAUAAAUUAAAACUAAAUUAAA